AUGAAAUUUUUUUUAACUAUUAUUCGAAUUGUAUUUAUAUUAAUUUAUUUUAUAAAUGGUAAAGAAGGAAACAAUUUAUUAAGUUAUAAACAUAAUAUUUUAAAUCGGUUUAACAAAAAAACAAAUAAUGUAAUUUUAAAUUCAAAAAAAAUUCUUUUUUUACUUAUUGAUGGAAAACCUUUAUUUCAAUGUAAUUAUUAUAUUUUUAAAAAAUUAAAUGAUGCUGUAAAAUAUUGUAAUUUGCUUAGUUCUCAUUCAAUUAGUCGUUUUAUUAAACCAUAUGGUGGUAUUAAAUAUUCAACCAUCAAGUCAUAUAGUAGUAAAAGGAUAGUUUCUAUGUAUGAUUAUAAAGAAGUUUUACUAAAGCAAUCUUUUGUACCUCAAAUUUGGAAAAAAGCAUGGACAGAAUGUGAUUAUGAUUGUUUUAUUGAAAACGAUUUUAAACAACUAAAAUAUAGAUUUAUCGGUGAAAUAAACCAAUAUAGACAACUUCAUAAUAUUAAACCACUUGUAGAAAAUGCAAAUCUUGAUAAGUUGGCUAGAUUGUUUGCUUAUAAAAAAUCUGUAAGUAUUAAUAGAUAUAAAAUUAAUGUGACACAAUUUGGUGUAUUAUCAUUAGUUGAAAAUACAUUUGUUGUUAAUUUGGUUAUAAAAAAAUUAUUUUCAAGUUUUUUUGGUCACUAUGAUUAUAAUAAUAAUAAAUAUUCUGAAGAAUUUAAUAAACAAACACAAAUGCUUUGGAAAAGUACAAAAGUUGUUGGUAUUGGUGUAGCUGAAAAUAGCAGCUUGGCAUUUGUAGUUUUACUCUUCUAUCCAAAAGGAAAUAUUAAUAUGAGAUAUAAAGAAAAUAUUCCACUUGUUAAUGAUAAGUAUAUUAACUAUCCAAUUUUGUUUAAUGCUCGUGGAUAA